AUGGCCGCGGCCCCGGGCCCGGUCCCCGUCCAUCCCGGUCCCAUCCCCGGCCCGGGCCCGGGCCCUGUCCACCCCACGGCGGCCCCGGGCCCCGUCCACCCCACCGCGGUCCCCGUCCAUCCCGGCCCCGUCCACUCCGGCCCCGGCCCCGUCCACCCCACGGCGGCCCCGGGCCCUGUCCACCCCGCCCCGGGCCCGGGCCCUGUCCACCCCGGCCCCGUCCACCCCGGCCCCGGCCCCGUCCACCCCACGGCGGCCCCCGGCCCCGUCCACCCCGGCCCCGGCCCCGUCCACCCCACGGCGGCCCCCGGCCCCGUCCACCCCACGGCCGCCCUGCGGAGGCGCGGGGACUCGCGGCGUCGCCAGGCCGCGCUCUUCUUCCUCAACAACAUCUCGCUGGACGGGCGGCCGCCCAGCCUGGGCCCGGCCGGGGAGAAGCCGCCGCCGCCCGCCGAGGCCCGCGAGGUGCCCGCGCCGCCCGCCGGCCUCCCCGCGCCCCAGGGCCUGCUCAGCCCCACGCAGGCCCCCGCCGGCCUCGGGCUGGACGGGCCGCGCCAGCGCAGGCGAGUGGCCUCCCAGCGCUGUUCUCUCGAGUUCCUGGAAGACGCCAUGGGCUGUGCCACAGUGCAGAGAGCCAGACACACGUCCGGGUCCCCAAGACAGAAGGGCCUGAAGAAGACUCACUUCAUCAAGAACAUGCGACAGUACGACACUCGGAAUAGCAGGAUUGUGCUCAUCUGUGCCAAGCGGUCCUUGUGUGCGGCCUUCUCGGUUUUGCCGUAUGGAGAGAGCCUGCGGGCGUGCGACCUGAGGGUGGACAGCCAGAAGCAGAGGCACCCAUCGGGCGGCGUGUCCGUCUCCUCCGAGGUGGUCUUUGAGUUGGAAGGGGUCGAGCUGGGAGCAGCUGGACAGGUCGUGUCCUAUGCAAGGUUCCUGUACCCAACCAACGCCUUGGUCAUACACAAGAGUGGCAGCCACGGCCCAGCACCCCAGCCCCGGCCCAGCGUGCCUCGGGCCCCGCCGGGGUCACGACACAAGCCUGUCCCCACCAAGUCGGCGCCAGCCGGCCCAGAGCUAGGUGAUGGGGGAGACGCCUUGGAGUACAACCCCAACCUCCUGGAUGACCCGCAGUGGCCAUGUGGCAAGCACAAGCGUGUCCUCAUCUUUGCAUCCUACAUGACCACAGUGAUUGAGUACGUGAAGCCGUCCGACCUCAAGAAGGGCAUGAACGAGACCUUCCGGGACAAGUUUCCGCACAUCAAGCUGACGCUGAGCAAGAUCCGAAGCCUCAAGCGGGAGAUGUGGAGCCUGGCCGAGGAGUGCAGCCUGGAGCCUGUGACCGUGUCCAUGGCCUAUGUGUACUUCGAGAAGCUCGUGCUGCAGGGCAAGCUCAACAAGCAGAACCGCAAGUUGUGCGCUGGCGCCUGCGUGCUGUUGGCCGCCAAGAUCAGCAGCGACCUGCGCAAGAGCGAGGUGAAGCAGCUCAUAGACAAGCUGGAGGAGCGGUUCCGCUUCAGCAGGCGAGACCUCAUCGGGUUCGAGUUCACCGUCCUGGUGGCACUGGAGCUGGCACUGUACCUGCCCGAGAGCCAGGUGCUGCCGCACUUCCGCCGCCUCACGCAGCAGCUGUAGCCACACAGCCGCUCCUGACCCGCAUCUGCCAGAGGGCCCCCCCAA